GGUUCCGGCUGUGGGCCGCAGAAGACAUGGCGGCGUCUGCGUCGGCAGCUGCAGGGGAGGAGGACUGGGUCCUUCCCUCUGAAGUUGAAGUGUUAGAGUCUAUCUAUCUGGAUGAACUACAGGUGGUCAAAGGAAAUGGCAGAUCAUCACCAUGGGAGAUCUACAUCACCCUGCACCCCGCCACCGCAGAAGACCAGGAUUCACAGUAUGUCUGCUUCACUCUGGUGCUUCGGGUCCCAGCACAGUAUCCCCAUGAGGUGCCACAGAUCUCUAUCCGUAACCCCCGAGGACUCUCAGAUGAACAGAUCCACAAGAUCUCACAGGCGCUGAGCCACAUGGCUGAGGCUGGGCUGGGUACUGCCAUGCUCUAUGAACUCAUCGAGAAAGGGAAGGAAAUUCUCACAGAUAACAACAUCCCCCAUGGCCAGUGCGUCAUCUGCCUCUAUGGUUUCCAGGAGAAGGAGGCCUUUACCAAAACCACCUGUUACCACUACUUCCACUGCCACUGCCUGGCUCGGUACAUCCAGCACAUGGAGCAGGAGCUGCAGGCCCAGGGGCGGGAGCAGGAACGGGAAUGGCAGUACGCCGCAACCAAACAGAAGGCCGUUGGUGUGCAGUGCCCGGUGUGCAGAGAGCCACUCGUGUACGAUCUUGCCUCGCUGGAAGCAGCCCCUGAACCCCAGCAGCCCGUGGAGCUGUACCAGCCCGAUGCAGAGAGCUUGCGCCAGCAAGAAGAGCGCAAGAGGCUCUACCAGAGACAGCAGGAGAGGGGGGGCAUCAUUGACCUUGAGGCUGAGCGUAACCGGUACUUCAUCAGCCUCCAGCAGCCUCCUGCCCCUUUGGAACCCGAGUCAGCUGUAGAUGCCUCUGGAGGAUCCCACCCACCCAGUACCCUUGCCACAGAACAGUCCACCUCAUCAACUGCUCAGACCACCCUGUCAGCUCCUCUGCCUGUGGCCUCCCAAUACACAUGUGAGAAGAUUCCAGGGGCUAGGCCAAAUCAGCAGAAGCUGGGCGAGACCCAGAAAGCUAUGCUAGAGCCUCCCCGGGCCAGUCGAGGUCCCUGGAGACAGCCCGAACGGAGGCAUCUAAAAGGAGGGGAGUGCAAUGCCCUCAAAGGUACCAGUGACACCCAGGAACUGCCACCUCCUGAGGGGCCCCUCAAGGAGCCUAUGGACCUAAAGCCAGAGUCCCGUAACCAAGGGGUUGAAGGCCCUCCCCAAGAAAAGGGGCACGGCAACUGGCAGGGUCCCCCGCCCCGCAGGACUCGCGACUGUGCCCGCUGGGAGCGCUCCAAGGGUCGGACACCAGCUGCUUCCUACCCCCACCUGCCUCGGGGUCGGGGAGCCUACCGGCCUGGUCCUCGAAAGGAGCCCGUGAGCCUCGAAUUGGAGGAUGGUUCCUAGCAGUACUGUGGGGGGUGGUG